UGGAAUAGCACUUUCUUGUGUAACCUGUGCAGGAUUCGAUUAACCUGGUGGUUUGCUCGCUGUUCGUUCAAUACUCAACCUGAUGGCGGGCCCCUUGCUUUGUUAUAACUGCGAUAUGCCGGGGCAUUUUGCGCGGGAAUUCCCUUAUCCCCGUCGUACUUGUUUUUCUCAGCAGUCUAACAAUGUCUCAUCCUUUCCUUCCUUGUCUGGCAUUGCCCCUCCAAUGGCUGCGGCUAAUGACUCCUUUCCUACCCAAGCCCCCCUUCUCGCCCUUCCCGCUCUCCCAAACCCUUCGCAUUCUUCGAAUUCCGCGCCAAGUAAAGCUUUGGUUCCACGUCACCCCUGGUGGAAGCUCAAUCAGGAGAAGCUGGAUCGAGUUUAUGAGUUUAUGGCCUCAGAACUCGAGGCCAGGCAAGAAGCAAUCCACGAAAGGGAGAGGCUUCUGAGGGAGGAUGAGGAGAGACGGAAGAUCGAGGAAGCGGAGGAGAAAGCGCUCCGGAAAUUGAAAGAACUCCAGGACUUUGAAGACAGGAUCAGCAUGAUCGUUGGGACGAAAAUCAAUGAGGCUUGCGACCUUUUUCUUGGCAAAGCAGAUAUGGGCAAGGCAACGGGAGCAGUGGACAAUAGUCGGAUCCCCAAUGACAGGUUUCGCAUCCGCCCCAAUAUAGACUUGGAGAAAGAGAGAGUAGAAAAGCAAGUCGAGUUGUUGCGGCAGGAGCAUGAGUUCAUCAAGAAGCAGAUGGAGGAGCUAACUCGUUCAAUCAGACAAGCAGGUGUGAAGAGGACCAGUGCUAGAGUGUGUAUUACUCGCCCCCUUGACGCACCGGCAAGAGGCAAGGCGCGAGUCAUGGGUGUGGGCACGCCUCCUUCACACGAUUUUGAGAAGCUGCUGAAGGCCUAUAAUUUUGUGAAGGAGGUUAAACGCAUUGCCGACUUAGAGGUGCAGGCUAUUAAGGACAAAUUCGAUAGGGUUGUCGCUAAGCUGGUAAGAUAAGGGCGUACGCCGAGAUCCAAUCUCUCCAAGAGGAUGAAUGAAGCCACGAACGAUGA